AUGAACCUCAUGUCUAAAGCUACGAUAGAGCUCGACUUCCUCGGACUUGAGCAGAAGCACACCAACAACGCUCCAAAGCCUAAGUUCAAGAAAUUUCUCGAUCGCCGUCGCAGUUUCCGAGAAAUUCAAGGUGCGAUUUCGAAGAUCGAUCCGGAGAUUAUCAAAUCGCUAUUAGCAUCUGGUGGUAACCGUUACGAUCCAUCGACAAGAUCUCUUUCGGUUCCGUCUUCACCGAAGGAAGUUCAUCCUCAGAUCCCGAUUUCUCCGGUCCACGCGCCUCUCACCAGGCCUAGUACGGAACAAGUCUCUGGAACCGUUCCUAUGACAAUCUUCUACAAUGGAACCGUCUCCGUUUUCCAAGUGUCUCCUAACAAGGCUAAUGAUAUAUUGAAGGUCGCCAUGGAAACAGCACCAAAGAAAGACAAAUCGAUGGAGAAAGAUCUCUCGGUAAUUCCUCCGACUACCCUUAGACCAAAGCUCUUUGGCCAGAAUCUAGAAGGAGGUUAGUAGAAAUUAUCUAAUUACCAAAACACUGCUUGAUUCUUCUUGCAUGUAGUGAUUUUAAAAAAAAAUGAAUUUCUUGUUAGCAGCAACAUAAAACAAAGUUAGAGAGAAUCAAUCCGACCCACUCGUUUGAAACCGAACUUAAACAUUUGUUUCUUCGAAUGCUGUGAUGGGUUCGUUACGAAUUAGGACUAAAUGUGUAAAGAUAUGUUUUCUGAUAAAGAAGUGGGUUUUGUGUGUGUGUGUGCGCGCGCGCAGAUCUUCCAAUAGCAAGGAGAAAGUCACUUCAAAGGUUUCUUGAGAAGCGCAAGGAGAGGUAAUUGUUAUCCUCUACGAUCCAAGGAUUUUACCCAAUAACAAACAAAAAAAAAGGUUUUUCUUUCCCUCUUUCUGUGUUUGGUUUAUUUAUGAAUAUUCCAUUAAAACCCAUGAAAAAAAUAGUUACGUAUGCUUUUAGAUGCCUCUGGUUGUGCAGCAAAGCACGUGCUUCUAGUUCUACGUAGAUAGUGUAUUGGAGAUUCGUAGAGUUAUCCGUAUAAUAAAAAAAAACGCGUAGGUUUUUUAUUGUUAGAACUUCAAAAACGCGUUGACUUUAAAUAUCUAUUUUUGUUUGCUACCGACAAGUGAUGUUUGUCAAAAUGAUUCGAUUAAUUAUAAUGUUGAGAAAACGAGGGGAAAAACUGAAAAAAAAAAAAAAAAUUGUACGUUUGUUUAUCGGACCAUACGGCCGAAAGAAAGAUCUGACGUGUUCUCAAUAAGUUUACCACAGUAUUAAAACGCGUUUUCUAAUUUUUAAUUUUCUCUUUGUUUCGUCUAUGCAGAUUAGUGUCAACAUCUCCUUACUUUCCGACAUCGGCCUAAACGAAACUCUUAUCUGUUUUUGGAUUGGGACAUGAAACCAAAUUGGUCAUUUCGCAUUCCAAAGACAUCGAUGUUCGUUUUGCAAUUUGGCUUCUUCCCAAUCUUUUGGAACCGCGACACGCUUUAGGAUAUCACAUUACUGUCUAAGAAUAUUAUAUAAUCUUUUGUUAUAUAAAUAUGUUGGUAUUUUUUUUUCUCCCUUAUAAACGGUUAUUACAGUAUCUCUAAUGUCAAAUGACACUUUGAUUCAAGAAGCUAUUAUAUACUACUGUGUUGUAGUUGUAAUGCUCAAAUUUAUUCAACCAAAAAAAGCUC